CCGCGCCCUCUCCUUCCCCUGGGCGUCUCCGGGGCGUGGACAGGCCGCUGAAAAGAACCGGCUGCGGCCUGUGCCAGGCUCCGCGGGCUGCUGCACUGCGAGGCCGAGGCAGCUAGUGAGAAGUUAAGAAGGCCCUAAGGAGGGCCGGCUCGGAUGCUGGGCCCGCCUCCCCGCGGGAUUGUAGGCCCGGGGGCUCCGCCUGGUCCCGAGCGGCAGGCAGGAGGUGGUGCGCGCGGCCCGGCGGCGAGGGACACUGAGGCCCGAAGUGAUGCCACCAAAAAGAAAUGAAAAAUACAAACUUCCUAUUCCACUUCCAGAAGGCAAGGUUCUGGAUGAUAUGGAAGGCAAUCAGUGGGUACUGGGCAAGAAGAUUGGCUCUGGAGGAUUUGGAUUGAUAUAUUUAGAGACACUGGCCAUUUUUCUCUCUCCAAUGCUUAGUGUGGAGUAAAGGCAGCUUCCCGCAAAUUUAUUUCAAGCAAGAGCAAUCGGAAGCUUCAACAUGUGUGAAAGAGGCGCAUAGAGAACAUAGCUUCCAUUUCAGCUUUCCCCACAAAUAAACCAGAGAAAGAUGCAAGACAUGUAGUAAAAGUGGAAUAUCAAGAAAAUGGCCCGUUAUUUUCAGAACUUAAAUUUUAUCAGAGAGUUGCAAAAAAAGACUAUAUCAAAAAGUGGAUAGAACGCAAACAACUUGAUUAUUUGGGAAUUCCUCUGUUUUAUGGAUCUGGUCUGACUGAAUUCAAGGGAAAAAGUUACAGAUUUAUGGUAAUAGAAAGACUAGGAAUAGAUUUACAGAAGAUCUCAGGCCAGAAUGGUGCCUUUAAAAAGUCAACUGUCCUGCAAUUAGGUAUCCGAAUGUUGGAUGUACUGGAAUAUAUACAUGAAAAUGAAUAUGUUCAUGGUGAUAUAAAAGCAGCAAAUCUACUUUUGGGUUACAAAAAUCCAGACCGGGUUUAUCUUGCAGAUUAUGGACUUUCCUACAGAUAUUGUCCCAAUGGGAACCACAAACAGUAUCAGGAAAAUCCUAGAAAAGGCCAUAAUGGGACAAUAGAGUUUACCAGCUUGGAUGCCCACAAGGGAGUAGCCCUGUCCAGACGAAGUGACGUUGAGAUCCUUGGCUACUGCAUGCUGCGGUGGUUGUGUGGGAAACUUCCCUGGGAACAGAGCCUGAAGGACCCUGUGGCUGUGCAGACUGCUAAAACAAAUCUAUUGGAUGAGCUUCCCCAGUCAGUGCUUAAAUGGGCUCCUUCUGGAAGCAGUUGCUGUGAAAUAGCCCAGUUUUUGGUAUGUGCUCAUAGUUUAGCCUAUGAUGAAAAGCCAAACUAUCAAGCGCUCAAGAAAAUUUUGAACCCUGAUGGAAUACCUUUGGGAUCACUGGACUUUUCCACAGAAGGACAGAGUAUAAAUGUCCAUACUCCAAACAGUCAAAAAGUUGAUUCACAAAAGGCUGCAACAAGGCAAGUCAACGAGGCACACAAUAGGUUAAUCAAAAAAAAAGUCCACAGUGAGAGAAGCACUGAGCCCUGUACAACGUGGAAAAAAGUGCAGAAAGAGGAGAAGCUGAUUGGAUUGAUGAACAAUGAAGCAGCUCAGGAAAGCACAAGGAUAAGAGAGAAAUAUCAAGAGUCUCAAGAACUUUUGAAUGAAGCAAACAGUUUCCCACAAAAAUUCAACUAUAGACAAUUCCCAAACUCAUUUUAUGAACCUCAUCAAGAUUUUACCAGUCCAGAUAUAUUCAAGAAGUCAAGAUCUCCAUCUUGGUAUAAAUACACUUCUACAGUCAGCACGGGGAUCACAGAAAGUUCAACUGGACUUUGGCCUACAAUUUCCCAGUUUACUCUUAGUGAAGAGACAAACACAGAUAUUUAUUAUUAUGGCAUCAUCAUACCUGUCCUUUUGAUGUUAGUAUUGCUUGCUUUAUAUUUUCUCUGAAGAUAUCAAAAUUCCUUUUGAUAAUUUUUUAAGUUUCCAGCUCUUCAUCAAAAUGUUAUAUUCUUAUUUCAGUGUUUCCUCCCAGACAUUUUUAAGGUAAUUGGCUUUAAAAAGAGAACACAUUUUAAGAAAGUUUAUGGACACUCUAAAAAAUAAAAUUGCUUUAUUCUAGAAAUAGUGUCAUAGCACAGUUUGGAAAACACUUUUCUGAAGUUUCAGAUCACCUAGGAAAUCUAGAAAAGGAGUGUAAUGUUUUUGAUCAGAGAAUUUGAAAAAUAAAAAUAAAGAAUAAUGAGUUUCAAAAGUUUUAGAUAAGCUGAUAUGCUAUAUAGAUCUGUAUUCUAGAACAUAUUAUUGAAAGCUAGGACAUUUUAUGAGAUGUGAUUAACAAUUUGCUUACCUUACUACAAUAUGGACAUUCACCAAAUAUGAUGUUAAAACUCUGUCUACUAGUUAGUAGUCCUCUCAGCCACUGCAAAUUUUAAAAGAUAAAGGAGAAGCGUCAGCAUGAUUACAAAUUACAGAUUCUCCAAAUGUCACUCCCUUUGUUUUAAAGUGCAUUAUAUUUUUAUUCCAGAAGACUUUGCUUUUUUGUUUUGCAGGAGUAAGGGGUAUAUUUCCUGAGCCAAUAGCAGACUAUUGAUAUGUUGAACAACAAGGCAAAUCAACAUGGAAUUGAAAGUCUAAACCACUGGUUUAUAACCAGAUUAUGGGCUCCUUUAAGAAUUUGAUGAGAAUUAUGCAUCUUCUUUAUCCCCAGAAUAGACAUACAUAAAAAUAAUGCAUACAACUUCCUGGUGUUCAUAGACCUUCCCUAAACCCAUUAAUCACAAAUUAACAACUCCUGCUGUUAAAAGAUACUAUAGGCUCUUGAAAAUUUCCUUCUUAGUUCUGGUCUUAAUCACUAACAGUAGGUUAAUUUUCAACCCAUUGAUUACAAGCAUGAGCCAGUGAAUUUUUUAAAAUUAAAUGAAUAUUCAUAAUUACAAAAGAAAGCAUGUGUUCCCUUAGAGUAUUUCUGUAAUUUGACCUGAUAUUUUAUGAUUUUAUAUAAGGUAAAUAGAUGUCUCUGCCUAAGUUUUCCAUUGGCAAAGUACAGAUGGCACCAGCUGCUACCUCUAAUCACAAAAGUAAAGAUAUGAUAUAAAGGAAGGCUGAAACUGAAGGCAACAUACAAUUGCACGGUGUUCUGUAUAUAGCUGCACACAGUUUAUCAUCUAUCAACUAGGCCCUAAAGUGAAGCAAAUGACUAAAGACAGGAAUGAAAGUAGACUUCACAUAUAGUAAAUAAAGUGGCAUUGUCUGAGUGCUGUGAGAUAUUCAGAUCACAAAAGGCAUUCUUCUCAACAUGAAAAGUAGUAUUAUUGGAUAUAUUCUAUUCUUAAAUGUAGCCUGAAAAGUAAUAGGUACUACAUAGUGCUAAUUUCAUUUUCACUUUAUUGCUGCCACUUUCAACCACCUCCACCUUGGGUAAAUCUAUGACGUUUACACUGUGGUAACAAGGUAUUUAUAGAAAGAUUCCAAUGUACCAUCAAUUUAAUUUGUUGUGUGUUAAUAAGCUAGUCCAUGAAUAUAUUCUGGAUAGAUUUUCUCCCUUCUUGGAUACUUCAGGACAUUUCUCCACUCAUUAGUAACUGUGAUGAAGAAAUGAAGCACAUAAGCAUCUGGAAUAAACUGGUAAAAGGAGUUAAUGGCAAAAGAGAGGGUCACUAUUGACUAAACAGAUUUUAGAUUCUGUUAUGUUGUGUUAUCUGAAGAAAGUCUUGACAAUGUUUUUAUUUUUUACCUCAUAUAAGCAUAUUUGAUGGAAAGGUUGUUCACACUGGGAAUUAUCACACACUUGAUCAGGAAUGGCACCGUCAAGUUGAUAAGCAUAACAAAUUCCACAAUCCAUAGUAAAAUCCUUCAAAAGAAAAAUAUUUAUAAAAAGCAUAUGUGUCUCACUUAUUCGUUGUACAUAUUUGGGAGGGUAUGUGUGAUAUUUUGAUACAUGUAUACAAUGUUUAAUUAUCAAAUCAGGAUAAUUUAAGAUACUCAUCACCUCAACAUUUACCUUUUAUGUUGGGAACAUUACAAUUCUCCUAUUUUAGAAUAUGAAGUCACCUAUGUGUUUAAAACACAAGGUAAGAUCAGGAAGAAUGUUGUAUAAAUACACUUUUUAUAAAAGUGACUAUAUUGCUGUAUUAUAGGAAAUAUAAUUACAUUACUAUUUAACACCUAGCAAAGCUACUGUAGAAUGUUUCCUUUUUCACUCACAUAUACACAGCUAGGCUAAAAAAGAGAAUCCAUUUUUGGCUGGCAAGAUGUUUGGGCAUUAGUAAUUUUCCCAUAUCAUACAUUGAUAUAAUGUCCCUGAUAGUAUUUAAAGAUAGGAAUUGACAUUAGCUAGUAAUUAGUAAACAGCACAAUUCUGUAACUAAAGGAAAAAGAAACUCACCACCAUUUAGUAGUCUACAACCUUAGCAGCCUUGUCAAAAAUCAAUUCUAAGUUUAUUAUUUUUGCAAUAUAGUGGUAUCUAUUCAAUUUUGAGAAACUAUACUGCUUCACAAACACUUAUAUCAAGCUAAUCAGUACUUCAGCCAUCCAUAAACAGACUGUGUAGAAAAGCCAAACAUCUCAUUAGCUACUUUGGACCUUUCCCCUUAUUUUUAAUAAAUGACUGUCAUUAAUGACUUCACUACUGAAGACCAUAAAAAAAGUGUACAGUUGACCCUUGAAUAACAUGGGUUUGAACUGCACAGGUCUACUUAUACACAGAUUUUUUUUUUCAACCAAAUGCCGAUCAAAGCUACAGUACUGACAGGAUGCAGAACCUGUGUUUAUCUGAAAUCUGUGUAUACAGAGGGCCUACUUUUUUCUAUAUAUGGGUCCCACAGGGUAACUGUGGAACUUCAACGUCUGGAUUUUGGGGCAGCCCGGAAAUCAAUCCCCCUGUUCCAAGAGACAAUUGUACUUAACAACCAAUCAAAGGUAAACAAGUUUUUUGAUGCAGUUCAGAAGUCUGCGUUAUAAUAUUUUUCCAAUUCCCUCCUUCAGUAUCAUUUUUCACUAAGAGAAGCAUUUAAACUUCAUUAUACAAUACUGUCUGGAAUAUCAAAGCACUGAUAAAACUUACAGAUUUUUCCAGGAUAGCACGAGCUGGAAAAUCAAUUUCUAAAACAUCUUUCAAGUUUUGUAGCACACUAUUUUCUGGAUCCCUGAAAGCAUGGGGAAAAAAAAUUAUGCUAUGAACUUUGUAAAAUCACCAAAAAGUAAAAAUUAUAUUGCCAAGGUACCUACCACAAAUGUAUGUUCCUGCUCAGCUUAAUUCCCAGGGGUUUUACCACUUCAGAUAAAAAAAAAAAAGGUUUAAUAAUUGCAUGCUCUACUCUUGGUUUGUAAAGCCACAUUUGAUACAGAAUGUUUCUUAACUACUUGAUUAAAAAAUCAAAAUUAUAUGUAUUAUGUUAAAAAAAAUUAUACAGUUCACAACGCUGA